CGUGAUCUCCUCCAACCGAAUCUUAAGCGGGAAGAGCCUCUUCGUUGCUGGCUACAUCUGGAGAAACCACCAGAUUCCUCUGGGGAAGAAGACCCUCUGUCCGGAAUGUAUCACAGAUUGCAACUACUGAGUUCUAUCUCUCGCCGGGCAAUCCCACGUUCGCACUGGACAGAAGAAUUCGUAACUAAUAACAUUAACCGAAGAGUUAUAGAUUACUUCAAUCAUCACCUUAUCGUUCCCUACCUGAAUUUUUCCUCCCGCACAGACCAAUCUGUAGCUGAUGGCACCGUGUCGUUUAAUCCCAUUUCUGCCGACUCUGAUGAAGACUCGGUUGUGUCUGUGCCCGACCAUGACAUGUCUGCCACAGCCAAGGAUGCUGCCGCAAUCCAGAAGCUACUCAAGCUUCACACACAUGGUUCCGUUGAGGAGCUCGAACGAAGCCUAGACGGAUGUGGGUUAUCGAUGACAGAGGAUUUAGUUCUUCAGGUGCUCCGACGACAUCGCUCGGAAUGGAAACCUGCUUUGCUCUUCUUCGAUUGGGUUUCCAGGGAAGAACCCGGAGUUGGUCGUUACACGCCUGGAACAGGUGCUUACAAUGUUAUGAUCGACAUUCUUGGGAGGAUGAAGCGUUUUGAACAAUUGCAGCAAGUGCUCGACGAAAUGUCUAACAGAGAUGGUUUAAUCAACGAGAGAACGUACGCCAUUCUGGUGCACAGAUAUGCAGGGGCUCACAAAGUGCAAGAAGCGAUUGACAUUUUUUACAGGAGGAAGGAGUUUGGGCUCGAUCUUGAUUUGAUUGCUUUCCAGACCCUUCUGAUGUCGCUCUGUAGAUACAAACAUGUCGAAGCUGCAGAGUUCCUCUUUCACUCCAAGCGGAAAGAAUUCCCUCUCGAUAUAAAAACCCUCAACAUAAUUCUGAAUGGGUGGUGCGUUUCGGGGAGGUUACGUGAAGCCAAGAGGUUCUGGAAUGAUAUCAUCUCUUCUAGGUGCAAGCCCGACGAGUUCACAUAUGGGAUUUUUAUAAAUUCCUUGACCAAGGCAGGGAAGAUCUCCACGGCUGUCAAGUUGUUCCAUUCCAUGUGGGAGAAAGGUUGUUCUCCUGAUGUGGCAAUCUGCAAUUGUAUCAUAGAUGGUCUGUGCUUCAAGAAGAGGAUCCCUGAAGCUCUUGAAAUCUUUGGGGAGAUGAAUGAGAGGGGUUGCCUUCGUGAUGUUGUCACGUACAAUACACUCAUCAAGCACCUGUGCAGGAUUAGGAGGAUGGAAAAGGUUGACGAGCUACUGGAUGAAAUGGAACAGGAGAAAGGAAACUGCACCCCAAACGCUAGGACUUUCAAUUUCUUGCUCAAUUCCUUGAAGGAACCAAAGGAAAUUCCUCACCUUCUGGAAAGGAUGGAGAGAAAUGGUUGCAAGAUCGCAGGGGAUACCUACAACUUGAUAUUAAGAUUGUUUGUGGGUUGGAAUCAACAGGAGGCAGCAAGAAAUACAUGGCUUGAUAUGGAGAGAGAUGGAGUUGGACCUGAUCAGCGAUCUUACACCAUCAUGAUUCAUGGACUACACAGUAAGGGAAGGAUGGAAGAGGCUUUGCACUACUUCACCGAGAUGACGUCCAAAGGUAUGAUACCAGAGCCAAGGACCAAGCUACUGGUGAAGGCCAUUAACAUCAAGCUGCAAGAGCAAGAGAGUGGACAGAGUGUGGGAAUGAUAAACAAUGAUAGCUCAUUAAAUCAUCCAGUCAAGAGCCAGAGGAAGAGAACAAAAUGACACUUCCUAGCAUUACAGUUACAAUUGGAAUAUUUUUUCGUGGUGAACCACCUUCCAUGAAAAUGACCCAUGAGCUUUGAAGGUGCUUUGAGUUGAACAACCCUUUUGAGUUUUGGAGCAUGGGUGAGGAUUGAAGGCCGUACUGAGCCUUGUCAAUCGAAAAAUUAAUCAGCACCUCCAGAACACAGAUGAAAUUUUUUUUGUUUAUUAUUCUUGUACCCCGAACAAGUGAUCUGACGUAAGAUGGGUUUUGCGCUACUGAUGAAAAUUGGAGAUGUAACAGAUCAAGAAGCGAAAGAAUGUGGUACAAGUGACAGCCAAAUGGAAGUUGCAGUGGAAGUAAAACAUUCAGCAGGUCACUCAAUAACCUCUCAUCACAAGUUUUGGAAGAUUUUGCAAACAAAAUGGUUGCCUUCUGUAAACCGAUGAUCACCUUACUGUAAAUGUAGAAGCCAAGCUUCUGGCAUGUAAUGUUUGUUGAUUUCUACUUAUUUAUUUGAUGAUCUGAAAGUUUCCCUUGUUAGGCAUCUACAAACAUUAUUCGUCACUAAUAACCAAGUGUCCUGGUGCUUAUUCCA